AUGGUGACCGCGGCUCCCUCUAACCUGUCCUUUGAUGGGGGGACGCUCGCCCCCCACGUGGAGCCCUCGGCGGAGGAGAAGCUGUGGCCCCAGCCGUCUCUGGCCCUCCUCGUCGUGAUCCUCGUCCCCUGCGUGGUUCUGCUCUUUUUACUCAAUUGCUUCCUGCUUAUCCAUCGCUCUCCGGUCCUCCCCGCCAAGAAAAAGGCGAAGCGGAGGGGGCCGCCGAGGUCCAAGUACCCCUGCGUUCUGGUGGAUCAGAACGGACGCGCCAGGCUGGACUCCAACAAGCCGCUCUGUGACCCCCGCCGGCCGACGGCCAGCUUCAGCCACGGCUUGGAGGCUACGCUGGCUCUGGGGGAAUCGUGUCGAGGGGCCCCGGACAGAUCGGGGUUCCGAGACCACAAGCUGAGCUUCCUGACGAGCGACUGGGAGUCGUGCUCCGCUCGGGCCCCGCGCAUGACCUCCGCGCCGUGCUGCUCCGCCACCCACCGGAGCUGCCGCCUCCGAUCCCAGGAGAAGCUACCGGGCUGGGACCGGGCGGCCGGCGAUGGAGGGAGAGGCGGAUCGCACGGCACUUACAGCGAGCUGGAGACCCGACAGAACGCCGUGCCCCCCAACAGCCCGGAAGCCGCCCCCCCAGUGACUCCGAAGGUGACUUUUUCCCACAAAACGAGCACUCAGAGGAAAUCCCGCCUGGGUUCGGCUCCGUUUACCCCUCUGGGCUCCAUAAACUUUGACCGUCCCGGCACCGUUCACCGGGAGGACUCGCUGGGCCACCUCUCGGCCAGCGGCUACCUGCCGGGUCCAGGCCUGGACAGUGACUUUGGGGUCAGUGCAGGGGUCUCCGUGCACAUCUUGUCCUCUGACAGCGACACCUGCUCCUGGGUCUCCGGAAUGGAGUGGGAUCAUUACGACCCAUGCUACCUGCGCAGGAACCGGCUCCGGACCCGGCAGAACCACCACCUCCCGGUUCUGUGCAGCAAGCAGUACUGGGUCUGA